AUAAUGGGCGCCCCGGGACAAGUCUUGUCCGGCGGAUGACCCUGAUCCAGUAAGCAUACCGUUCAUCGUUCUGAUCUACACAGACCCACAUGAACUUCAUCUUGGUUUCAGCUGUACCAAGCCUCCAAAGCCCUUUCUUCGUCCCCAUCUCCAGGUAAGAGUCUCUCUCCCUCUGAAUAUAGACCCAAAUAUGCACAACAGUUACAUUUGCUCGACUAUAUAUCUUAGGAGCAAGAGUUCUCUUCCUUUUUCUUACAAUGAUUGCUCUUACUUCUUGAAUGAAAGAUGCGACAAAAACUCUCUUCCGUCGUCAUCAUGUUGUUCUUGUUGUGCAUUUUCUAUUUAUAGUUUGCCCAUAAAUCCCAAUUGUUUAUAUGGGUCGAGGCAAUCCACUCUAAUUCAGUUGUCAGCUUCUCGGAAGCUGAUCCUUGGUCUUGGAGACAGAUAUUAUUACCGGUUUCCGAUUUGCAAUCUCAGUCGUGGUCGUUAUAAUUAUGAGGUUUCACGCUCUGUUAAGGAGAGGGGUGUUGGUGGAAGAAGGGGGAGGAGAGGGAAGGGAGGUCUGUGUCAUGUGGUUUCGGAGGAAACGUGCGGAAGGCCCCGUUCCCAUUGCUGUUCCCAUUCUGGUGCGGGGGUUGAUGCUGAAGCAAUGCUCAGCUUGUUGACUGAGGAAGUGAGUGAGAAUCGUUAUGGUGUUAGAGAGAGAAAUGGUGGUUCAUUUAGGAAAGUGGGAGUGGAGGAGAGAGAGGAUGUUGUAGAUGAGUCCUAUGGAGGAAAGAGGAAAAUGUUUGGGUCAGAUUUGUUAGUGAGUAGUUCAAAGUGUGAAUUUGAAUCGGUCAUGAUUCAUUCAGGGGAAGAUGAAAACAGACAGAGGGAAGAAAAGGAAGCUUUUUCGAAACGCCAAGGUUGCCAGGAGAGGAAAAAAAGUUCUAGUUGCUCAUCUUUUUACUCUUUAUCUUCUUCCAGUGAUUUUGAGAGUGAAGCAGAAGCUGAGGUGGAACCUAGGGGAUCUGUGGCAGUAUCCUCGAGUGCCUAUGUAAAUGAUCUUGGAAGGGUUGAAGAUAGUAAAUUUGAUGGGGAAGGGGUGGAACACGUUUGGAAGUACAAAGAUGGGACAGGUGAGGAUGGGAAAGUUCAGGAGCAGGGAAAUUUUUCUGUGAGGUCUUAUCCAGGUGGGAGUGGUGCUGGGUGGGAUUUUAGAAAGAAGUCAGAGAAAAAGUUUACUGAGGUCAUCACUGAGCAACCAAAAAAAUCUAGGAAGGAUUUCUCUGGAAUGUAUUCUAAUGUUUCAGGAAGCCAUGAGAGUGGUUCCAUAAAGGUGUCGAGUUCUCACAAAGAUAGGAAUGAAAAAUCAAAUUUGGUAGUGAAUUUAGAUGAGAGAACAAGAAAGCAGAAUAUUCAAAUGAAUAACCAAGCCAGCGAGCAGUCUGAACCAAGAAGUAAAUACCACCAACAUGAAGAAAUGCUGGAGAUCAAUGGAAGUGAUUUUGAAACAACUUCCACGUCUCAAAAGCAAGUAAAUGUCAGGGAAGAACAGCUAGCAGCUACUGCAAAUGUGACUCAGGAAACAAGGGAGAAGCAUAGGCCAAAGGGUUACAGUAUUACUGGUCUACAUCAAUCAGGAAGAAAUUCUCACCUGCUAACAUUUGUGUCGGAAAUGCAUGACAGGUCCUCCAACUCUAACAGGCAAUCUGAAACUUCAAAAAAGAACCAGGAAGAAAAUGCAGCUUUGCUUUUGAAUUCAGACAAGGGAUCAAAAGAUCAACACUACCAAUCAGGUCAACGUAGCACUAGGCAAAUUGGCUAUGGAAGCAGAUUUCAGCAAUCCACUGAUAUAGUAGAUAUUCAAGCCAGUGACGCUGAAAAAACUCAGAGUUCACAGAGGCAGUCUGAUUCAAUAAUGAAGAACACAGAGGAAAAUUUGAACUUGGCUUUCCGUUUGUGGUCAGAAUCAGAACAGCAACGCUCCCAGACAGAAAAAAAAUCUAUUAGAAGGACUGGAGCCAAAAAGGGAUCCCCAGAUGCCUCCCAUGUAUCAAUGGUCCAUGCUGGCAACAUGGAAACGGGUGUUAAGGCUCUUGGGGCUUCUGAAAAGAGUCAGAGCAGUCAACAAAAUCAUAUGACUUCAGUAGUGAAAUCAUUUGACGAAAGGAAGGAGAAACAUAAUCAAAUUGAUGAAAGCUUCCUUAAAAUUGGAUCCAAAAAAGUGGCUCAGGCGCCUAUGAAGCUGUCAAGUUUUCAUGAAGCCAACCAAGAAUCUGUGAAAUUGGCAAGCCAAGAUCGAGUUGGACAAAUAGGUAUGGAGGAUAAAGAUGAGAGAAGCUCACAACCAAUAGUGAUGCCUCCACCAUCUCAGUUAGUUUUAAAAUGUUCAUUGCCUGUAGAUCCAACUAGUGAUUUUGCAACCAAAGAGGUUUCUAGUCAAGCUUCAGGAAGUAGCUCUAGUGCCUUAGAUGCACAUCCAGAAGGGAGAAGGCUAGACAUGCAACGUGAACUACUAGAUGGAACUAACAGGGGUGAGAUGCUGGAGGAGCCUUUAAACUUUAUCUCUCGUGAAGAUGCGCUGGGUUCGGCUAAUUGUCAAGAGAAAUCAUCCAUGCAGUUUCUUGGGGAAUUUGUUGAGAAGUUGAGAUCUGAAGUCUUUACUUCUGAAAUCAGAAAGGAGAAGAAAUUUUCUGAAACAAAUUUGGCGUAUGAAGGUAAGGAACACAAGAAAAAGGAUUCAAGUCAAUCUGUAUCUGAAGAAUUUCAGCCGAAGAAUCCAGAGUCAAGGUGCGCAUCUGGUGGUUAUGGAGCGAAGGGACCAUCAGAUGAAGUAUGGGAUGUAGCAGAACAAACUGUUCAGGAACCUUCCAGGAUAGAAGAACCAGAGGGCACUGCUGCCCCUAGGAAUUCCAUUGUCAAGAAAACUGGCAGGCCUUUGUGGGGUAUCAUUGCUGAUAUAGUUCGGAUGCGGUGGGGUUCACAUGCUGACAUUCCUAAUUCAGCUUUAAAGUCUGGUGGAAGGAGUUCAUCAAAUGAGUCUGUCAGCAGUGAGGCAUGGUUCUCUGGCCAUGAGCCAGAUGAAAACAAUGAUGUCAAAAUGAAAAGGGAAAGAAGCAAGCCGAAAGAACAUUCCUCAUUUGAACAGCUACAACUAGGAGAAACCCCUACCCAAAUUCAGGGAGAAGGUUCUGAUGCAGUAAGCUCAAAGGACAAAAUAAGACAUGUUAAAGCAGAUACGUCAACCUCAUCAAGUAUCUUAGAGAGUUGCUCAGCAUCCAAGGGCAUUUCUUCAGCUUCUGGUGAUGAAAAUAUCAAUUGGAAUGAAGAUGGGAAAAGUGUUCAUGGAAUCUCUUUCGGUGCUUCAAUAGCGGAAUCGUCUUCAUCAUUGUCUACUAGACACAGAAGGAGAUCUCCUGUUGGUUCAGAUGCUGGAAUUACUGAUGUUUCUGGAAAAGGUUUUACUGAGCAGCCUGUUAGUGUGAGACUGGUUGAACAAUCGGGGGCUGGGGGGAAGAAUGGGGAAUUGAAACAAAGAAAACUUGAGCGGAACAAGCAAGUCCUGAAGGAUAGAUUUGAUGAAUGGGCAGAAGCAUAUAAAUUUGAAAGUGAGCAGCGAAAAAUUGAUGAAAUGUUUAUGAGGGAAGCGCUAUUGGAAGCAAAGAAAGCUGCAGAUACUUGGGAGGUGCCGGUUGGGGCUGUUCUUGUACAUCAUGGAAAGAUUAUUGCUCGUGGAUGCAAUCUUGUGGAAGAGUUACGGGACUCCACUGCCCAUGCAGAAAUGAUUUGUAUACGUGAGGCUUCAAACCUGCUUCGGACAUGGAGGCUUGCCGAGACAACACUUUAUGUGACACUUGAACCAUGCCCUAUGUGUGCUGGAGCCAUACUUCAAGCUAGGAUUGACAGUCUAGUGUGGGGAGCCCCUAAUAAGCUUCUAGGAGCUGAUGGCAGCUGGAUAAGACUCUUCCCUCAUAGCGGUGAAGGAGGAAAUGGCUCAGAAAUUACAGACAAGCCUCCUGCCCCGGUCCACCCAUUCCACCCAAAAAUGAACAUACGGCGAGGGGUAUUGGCAUCUGAGUGCGCAGAUGCAAUGCAGCAGUUCUUCCAGCUGAGGAGGAGAAAGGAGAAAAAACCCAACCCUCCUCCCCCAUCUUCAUGCAUUCCUGUUUCACACCAUCCGUCAAAAUUCAUCUCUAAAAUUCAUGAUAUCUUCCACAUAAUGUUCUGUUUGUAAGGGAUGGUUCCGGGGCUUUCCAUUUCUUCAAGCUACGAAAUUAUAUUAGGAAAUCGUGUCAUUAUUUUUUCCAAUUGAGCUUAUUUCUGAAGUAUCAAUAAUAUCCUGUAUCUUACAAGUUAAUGAAAUUCAUGGGGUGUAGUCUUUGUCACAUCCAAGGGCAUUUAAGUCCAAAAUAGAGUAUUACUCCACGGCUUGCCUAGAUUUA